GUGUUCUUCGAUUGAGGUUAUGUCAAUCGCUGACAGCUGUCAAAAAGUGUCUGUCAAAUUCCACAUUCUUUUCGCCGCUGGUGUGGUGUUUCUAGGGUGGUGUUGUAUAGACAGAAAGUAUUUCGUAAAAACACAAUUAUUAGUGUUUAAAAUGCACGUUUUACCAGUUUUUAUAGACAUUAGUCUGGAGGACCAGGCGCAAGAGUUGAGAGUGUAUCUUAAAAGUUUAGGUGCCGAGAUUACUGAUGAAAAAUCACCAAAAGGGAUUGAAGAUGAUUUGCACAAAAUUAUUGGUGUGUGCGAAGCCUGUUUUAAGGAAGGACAAGAUUCUGAAGUUGAAAUGGUUUUAAACGAUAUUGUAUCUAUCAUGGUUUCCAUCCCAUUGGAAAGAUCCGAAAACAUUAUCUUGGCUUUUUGCGAGAAGUUAACAAAAGCCCAUUCCCAGAAGUUGGGCAAUGUGUGUUUGAAAGCUUUGUGGUUAUUGUUUCAAUCUUUGGAUGAAAGAUCACCAAUGAGGUAUCAUGUUUACUACCAUUUGAUUAUGAUUGCAAAACAAACAGACCAAGUUAGAUCGGUUUUUCAAGAUGUUGAACAUCUAAAACAACAAUUUUCACUGUGUGUUCCUUCCAGUGAGCAAUUACAAAAAUUAUACCGUUUACUACAUGAAGUUUUGGUGGAAAGUAAUCAAAGUGAGCAUGCUGCCAAAGUAAUGAUUGAGCUUUUGGGUACAUACACCGACAAAAACGCUGCACAAGCUAGAGAAGAUGCGAUCAACUGCAUAGCAACUGCUUUGGCUGAUCCAAAUACUUUCCUAUUGGACCCACUUUUUUCAUUAAAGCCAGUCAAAUUCUUGGAGGGUGAACUUAUUCACGAUUUGCUAAACAUCUUUGUGAAUGAUAACCUUGCAGCUUAUCUUAAAUUCUAUGCUGAACACAAAGAUUUUAUUCAAAAGCAAAAUUUAAAUCAUGAACAAAACAUGAAAAAAAUGAGAUUGCUUUCUUUUAUGCAACUUGCUGAAACCAACCCAGAAAUCGAGUUUGAUGUGAUUGAGAAGGAAUUGCAAAUAAAAGCCGAAGAGGUUGAAUCAUUCAUCAUUGAAGUAUUAAAAACGAAAUUGGUGAGGGCUCGUAUGGAUCAGGCCUCUCGCAAAGUAUUUGUUUCAAGCACAAUGCACAGGACCUUUGGCAGAGCUCAAUGGCAACAACUGCGCGAUUUACUGCAUUCCUGGAAAGCAAACAUUGGUAGCAUUCAAGAUGGUAUGAAGAAUGUUACACAAGCCCAAAUUGAAUUAAUAAACCAAUAAAUUGUGUAGUUUUUAUACAUAAUUAAUAAUAAAAAGCUUCAAAUGUU